GCGAAUUUGUUGUUUGAGGGACAGGUUUGUUAGUGUUACAGACUUACAGAUGCUUUUUUAUAAUAUAAUAUGUACAGUGGUACACUACUUUUAAAACUUUAUUUAAUACGUAAUGAUACAUUAAUUGUCAGGCUGGCGCAGCGCUUUCCUAGAAUAGCUCAUGAAUUACUUUAUACAGUAAUAAUAAGUAUAUCUAUGGUAAUAGUAUGUAUUGUGAGAAUCAAGGCUUGAAACGCGCAACCACAAGCUGUACUCGUAUUGUAGUGUGCGAAUAUCCCGAAGGAAAAUCUAGCAGGCGGCAUUUCUGCAUUCUGGAAUCUGGAUAUCAUGGGUGCCACAUGCUAACCAUUUUUCUGUUUAGCUUCCUGGUUCCACAGUAUUCGGUUCAUUCCAGUUGAUGUAACCGUGUAACGGUACAAAAGCAGUCGCAUCUACAUUCCAAAAUUUGGAUUAUAGUUCUGCGUUUUUUAAGUAGGAACACCGUAGCUGAGUAGUAGUUGCACUUUGCAGUAUUUUCUUAUUGUUCUGCUGUUCAUCCUUCGUUAUCGGUCUAACUCCAAACGUGAUUAUCGUGCCUCCUGGACGUAGCAGCUGCUCUGGUUCAUCGCGAUGUCCAUGCAGAUACUCGUACACCAUGAUUGCACCAUCCACCGUUUCGGUCGCCUCUAAUCGCGAUGAUGCGAGCAAAGCAGAAUCCUUUCCCCUCAAUGCUGCUUCCAAUGGAGAAGCUAAGGGUCCGGGACGGCGGCUCUCUUUCAACCAGAGCGUCAGCCAGAUGUCGUCCUCGGGCAGUCGGACACGCGUCAAUCUCAGCCAGCGACCACAGCGGCAGAGUAGCGUUCUGUACAAAACUAGUCAGCAGUUUCUGGAACUACCUCAGAUUCCAGAGGUGGAUUUCGUGGAUCGCUUUCAAUCACAACGAGCUAGUUUUGACUUGGCUUCCCUUCGAGAGAUAAUAUUCAUCAUUAACUGCGUUGGACUCACUGUGGCUGUGGCUGAUUUUGCCAUUCAGGCAGUUGCGCAUUCCCAUAAAUCAUUGCGAUACGAAUGGGGAAUAGGAUUUUGGGGAGGAACGGGUUGUUUUGUGCAUUCCGUCGUUGGAGGUUUGACCUUGGCGCGACGGCUUCGUUUGCUUUUGCGCUGCAGAAUCGCCAAAUUAUAUUUUGGAAUCAGCGCUUGUUUGGGCGGCAUUGGUGUGGCAGAAUUGACAUGCUCGGUGUUGGUGUAUAACCAGGCAGCGGAUUUCAUCACAGCUCCGGAUUAUCAGCCGGAUCGUGACCAGAGCGCGAAAACGAUGGAGAUCUCCGUAUUUAAUUCCCUGUUAGCUGCAUCGGGUCUCGUGGGAAUAUUAAUGGCCAUCUUCGCGGUAGUUGUUACGCUGCAGCGUUUAAAUAUUGAACUGAAGAUUGCUCAGAGCUUCAACAACCUAACGAACCUAGUCAGUCGUCGGCCGAGUGCCAUUCCAUCCACCACUGAGCGACCGGAAAGGGAUGGAGUGGCCAUUAAGCCAGCUGAUGCCGAUAACGCUGCAGUCACAUGAGACAACGCAGCCAACCGACGCUGCACAUGGAGAAGUUGUAACUUAAUUGCUGAGUAAAUCAGCACGUCCUUCGUCUUUACUGAUACUCACGGCAUAUGUCGAGUGGUUUUUGACCAUGUCGCUUCAGUUGCAUGAAUUCCUUUCUGUUAUCUCCAGAGUCCGGUAAAAAGAGAUUUAUUUUAUGUGGUGAUUUAUGCAGAGCACUUUUCUAAAUCAAAAGGUUUUCUCUCGGUGAUGUAUUUGUGAUCAUCUAUUUUUUGUCCGUGUAUGUUGAAGCUGAUAUUUUGUAAGAAGACUGACUUCAGAUAUUGGUUACGUUUUUAUACGGUCGCAAAUUUUUGAUGCGGAUCAUCUGAUUUUAAAUUAUUGGAGCUGAUUAGCGUAUAAUAAUUUAAUAACGGCAGUACUGUUAAAACCCGAAUUUG